AUGACUCAUAGACUGACUAAGGGUAUAAAACUCCCUUUCGCACCGAUCUGUCCUACGAUAUUCCGUUCCAGCUGCAAGAUGAAAGUGCUACUGCUAGCGUUGAUGCUGCUGUGUGUGAUGCUGGGUGCCACGGUGGCAUCCCGGUGCAUACGGGACAACAGCAACGGUGAGCCCGGCUGCAAAACGAAGGAAGAAAUCGACCAAGGCUUCUGGCGCCACAACUACGAUCCGACGCGCUACUGGGAGUGUACGAAGUUGAACGAGCGCGCGAUCUUGCGCUCCUGCCAGGAUCAGGCGUUCCAUCCGACGCAGCUCGACUGCGUCGACUGGGACGACUGGGAGUGGGAACCGGUAUGUGCUCCACUUACCCGACCGGACCAGUAAGGAGGAUCCAAA